CCAGGUUCUUCCAUCCUUCCGUCCACCCGGCGCGAUUCCAUUCGCCCACGCGGGGACUCUUCAGCUCGUACGCAACUGCCAGCAGAACUACGUCCUCAGGGUCGACGCCCAAAUCUGCACAGAGCUGUAUGGUCCCGUUGACGGUGAUCUCCACCCCAUCGGGGUCUUUGUACUUGUCGAAAAGCGAAUUGAGCUUGCUGGUCGAGGCAGCGACGACAGGUGUCUUCACGCCAGAACCGAACACGCGCGGGUCGCGAGGGUCAUUGAAAUAAGCAUCGAUAGCGACAUCGGAGCGCUUGUACGCUUCCAGAAACUUCUUGGCGUCUUUGACGCUGGCUCCGGUGACACCGCAGAACUGGGCGAUAUUCUCCUCCAUCUUGCGGUCAACCAUCGCAAGUCGGUUUGCGUGCUUGAAUGAGCAAUGUAUGAGGUCGAAACGAUCGAGCGGAUAAGGAAGGUGGAACACAAGUCUAUAUAGAACAAUGCGAUACAAGAGAGUCGUCAAGAGCGCGAAACCCGCCCAAAGCGACGUCGUUGACCAGAGCAGCUUGAAAGUAAUGUCACACCUGUGACUCGGCAAUUCCCACACGCCGACUUCGGAGAUCGGAGCACUCAAACCACGCACAGUUCCCGUGAAUGUUCC